AACAUAACAUCGAAUGUUGAUGUUAACGCGCAUAGGAUAUAAGGAUAUAAGUAUCUCUGCUGACAAGGAAACAGAAUAUAGCUUGAAGACAGUAUCGCCAUACAACGAAGGUUUUAUUCAAACGAGUUCGAAAAACUAAAAAGCCAAGUGGAUUGACAGUCAAAUCUUUUGUUUCAAUGUCCUUACUGUAUGGGACGUUUUUUUGACUAUUUACAUUGAUUGACUAAUUCCCCAAAAUGUGUGACCAAGAAUUUAGGACUCAGCGCAUCGACCCACGAUAUCCCAAUCAAAAUCAAACCAAAGCAUGCUACGACAAUUACUGCGACUUCCAUAGAUGCCAAAGGCUCCUGGGUGAAGUGGACGACUGCAGGAUAUUCAAGCGAUACUUCGAGACGAUCUGCCCCAACGAGUGGAUUUCGCACUGGGAUGACCUCCGAGAGAGAGGUGCCUUCCCGGGACCACUUUGAGAUGAAAUUGUAUUGUUUAUAUUUACAUUGAAAUUGACAUAAUAAAAUAUUAU